UCUUGGAGACUCCGAUUAAAGAUGUGAUUUUUAGACCUUUUUUCGGUUCUUCUGUUUGAGGGCCUCUCUCUAUCUAGCUGCAGCUAGCAAUUUUUAAUUUGUGUGGGGAAAAUAUUAAAUAUUUUUUCUUGGGAAGUGUGAUAUAGCCUUGUUGUUUCUGGGUUUGGAUUUGGCUGCAGCCUCUUGUUUUCACACCUCAGAUCACAUUUCAGAAUUCUAUUUGGAUUUCAGAAAUGGUGACAUAAGAUAAAAAAGUCUCUAUUUACUGAAAAAGUUGAGAAAUUCAGCUCUUGCAUUUUGUUUGUAUAAAAUGUAGGAGUAUUCAUGUUCUUGAGCUUUUUUGCUAUUUGAUUGAUUUUCAACUUCUUUGCGGAUUCUCGCGGACUCUGUUUUUGACCCAGAUUUUUUUGCUGAUUUUAUAUCUUCUUGAUGGGGUUGAGUCUUGAAUCUUGAAUUGCCCAGUUUUUACGGUUGCCUGUUUCCUCUUCAUCUCUUCGAGAAAAUUCUUUCCCUUCCCGGGAAAGAAUCAAUACCUAAGCCUAUCUUUGUCUAGUAUGAAAUUGUUUUAAUCAGUUAAGCAAAGAAGUUUUAUGAUAUGUGCAAACCUUGUUUUCACCAAAUUGACAUCUAAAUGGAGCAAUAUCUCCAAGGUGCAGCCCGGACCACUGGCUUAGACCAACACAGAGCUUCGUGCCAAAACCUCAAAUCCUUGACCUCCACACUCAAUGAAUCCGACACCAAUCCGUCUCUUGGGUUCGAGUGCAACAUUUGCCUUGACCUCGUGCAGGACCCCGUGGUCACAUUAUGCGGCCAUCUCUACUGUUGGCCGUGCAUAUAUCGGUGGAUCAGCUUCCAACACUCCUCCCCUGAGAACCUGGACCACCAGAAGCCCCAAUGCCCGGUUUGCAAGAACGAGGUCACGGAAAAGACAUUGAUACCCCUCUACGGCCGAGGCAAGACCACUGACGCCUCCAAGGACGAGCUAUCCCGUGUCAUACCACAAAGGCCGGCGAGCCCCCGAUGCCGGACCAACUUGAUCUUACCGAACCCGGCUAGCAACUACUUGUCGUAUCCGUUCGAGCAACUCCACCGCAGAGGGUACGACGCCCCACCAUCCCCUCGACAAGAUUACGGAAGCUACCCCACCUCCCCCGUCCUCGGACACGGAAGUGCGCCCCACUUGGCAGACCCCAUGAUCGGGAUGUUCGGGGAGAUGGUGUACUCGAGAAUAUUUGGGAAUUCGGAGACGACGUCGUUUUCGUAUCCGAAUUCUUACCAUAUGGCCGGUAGCAGCUCGCCGAGGCUGCGACGGCAUAUGGUGCAGACUGAUAAAUCACUGAGUAGAGUAUGUUUCUUCUUUUUUUGCUGUAUGAUGCUAUGUUUGCUCCUAUUUUGAGCAGAAUAUAGUUUGGAGUUUAGUCUCUGUUUUUGGUUGGUGAUGAACUUGUAUAGAUUUUACCUUAACGACUUGUAUAAAUACCCCCAUCAAUAUCAUCUUAUAUAACGUGUAUAAAAAUGUAGUACUCCCUCUGUCCCAUUAGAAAUGAAACGUUUUCCUUUUUA